ACUGAAAUCGAAAUGAUUUUUUGUUUUGUCAUUUCUCAUCUAUUUAUAUUUCACGGGGCCACCUUCUCGCCCCCAAAUAUACUUUGUGGGAGUAUUGUAGAACAUAGAACACAUAUCUGUGAGAUAAUCAAACAUGUCACUUCCAGAUAGAAAGGAUAAUAUCCAGAAUACAUCCGACGAUGUGAUAACUGAUACCCUUCCCAUUGACCCUAAUAGUGGGCUUUCUCGAGGUCUCCAAACUCGACACUUGAGCAUGAUGGCACUAGCAGGAAUCAUCGGACCUGGUCUUCUCGUCGGUGCAGGCGGCGCCCUAGCUUCCGGUGGUCCAGCAUCCCUCCUCAUCGGAUUCGGAGUCAUUGGUCUCAUCGCUUUUUCCAUCAUGCAGUCCCUCGGAGAACUUACCACACUAUACCCCUCAUCAGGAUCCUUCAUAUCCCUCACAUCACGUUUUUUCGACCCCGCCUUCAGCGUCGCAGUCGGCUGGAAUUAUUUCAUCAUUUGGGCCGCCGUGCUCGCAAACGAAUACAACACCCUCUCAUCCAUUUUUAUUUUCUGGAGCGACAAAGUUCCUCUCUGGGGCUAUUUUCUCAUCUUCUGGUUUGCCUUUCUCGCCUUCCAAUUAUUGGGCGUAGCGGCCUUUGGAGAAGCGGAAUUUUGGCUCGCGUUGCUGAAAUUGAGCGGUUUGGUUGCGUUUUUUAUCUUCUCGAUUAUUUAUGCGGCGGGGGGCUUGAAGGGUCAGGAUCAUACUCUGGGCUUUCAGUAUUGGCAUGAUCCGGGAGCGUUUGCGGAUGGGUUUCGAGGCGUUGCGAAGGUAUUUGUGUUUUGUUCGACAUUUUACGCGGGCUGUGAAUCGAUCGCUGUUGCGGCGGCUGAGACGCGAAAUCCUAAGCAUGCUGUUCCUCUUGCAAUUCGUCAGGUAUUUUGGCGCAUCAUUUUUAUCUAUAUGGGCUCUGCCCUCUUUUUUGGAAUGACCUGUCCAUGGAAUGCAGAGGGCUUGGCAAGUGCCGGGUCUAAAGCCCUGAGAAGUCCCAUGACCGUCGCGAUUCAAAAUGCAGGCUGGGAAGGAGGUGUUCAUCUAAUUAAUGCUUUUAUUCUCGCGACGUGCUUGAGCGCAGUGAAUAGUUCCAUAUACAUAGGGUCUCGAACGAUAUUGUUCCUAGCGCAGGAAGGACACGCGCCGAGAUUCUUAAGAUUCACGGAUCAAAGAGGAGUUCCGAUCUGCGCGAUCAUUUUCACGAAUCUUUUCGGAGCGCUGAGUAUGAUGAAUGUUUCGUCCGGGGCAGGCGCCGCUUACAAUUAUAUCGUUAAUCUUUCGGGUGUCUCGACGUUCCUUGUUUGGGGCUCCAUCUCAUUUAUACAUAUCCGUUUUCGCUCGGCGUGGAAAGCGCAAGGAAGGAGAAUUUCUGAUCUACCGUUUGUUUCGUUCGCGUACCCGUAUAAUGCUUAUUUUGGAUUGGCGGCAAAUAUAUUUUUAGCAUUGGUGCAAGGAUGGACGACUUUAAGUCCUUUUAGUGCGGGAGAUUUUGUCGAUGCGUAUAUUCUGUUGGCACUUUUUCCGCUGAUUUGGGCGGGGUAUAAGAUCUGGUUCAAGACGCGGAUUUGGAAUUUGAGAGAGGUUGAUUUGGAUGAGGGGAGGAGGAAUGAUUUGGAUCCGACGGAGGCGGGAGGGUUUGAAAGUUUGGAGGAUGGAGAGGGGAGUGAAGUGAGUAAGAAGUUGCCGUUGUGGAGGAGGAUUGUGAAGAAUUUUUAGAUAUUGGUGUGAUGUUAACGAUAAUGAAUUUACAAGCGUGAUGCCAUCAAAUCUAUAACUCUUAAAGAGUGUGGUUUGGUCCA